AUGGCGAGUGUCGCAAGGAAAGAUUUCCCCGCAGUCGAGCGCAUCGUACGUUCGCUGAACGCGGAGCGGCUAGAGCGUGCCAAGGGCGAAUUAGAGGUCUCGCGAACGACGAGCGACGAGGACGUUAAUAGGCUCUUAAGGAGCCUAUCGCUGUAUGGAUAUCGCCAGCCGAUGUCGAGGGAGAGUCGUUUAAGCAUGCGGCGCAAGAUCCAGUCCCUCAUCAUUCGGGAUGGUAUUCCGGCAAUCUGGUUCACGCUGAAUCCGAACGAUAUAACCAAUCCGAUCAAGCUCCGGCUUGCUGCGUAUCGGACCCGGGAUCCAGAGGUGGCUGAAGCCUUCUUAACGAGUCUAGAUCUAGCGUACAAGCGAGCACGGCUGGCGAUCUCGGACCCGCUCAGGGAGGACUCGGUAUUCGGGCGGAUUAAUCGAUACUUCGGAGCCGUGGAGACUAACGAGCGCGGGUCACUACAUGUCUACGGACUCCUCUGGCUUCAGGGAAAUAUGCAGCUGAGUUCUAUUUCGCAAGACGAUAAUGAAGAGGAUCGGGAGGCAUAUCGGGAGCGGGUUGCCCAGUAUAUAGAUAGCGUAUUUACCGAGGAUCUCGAUUACGAGGCAUUUUCCGCCGUUCGGGCGGAACGGUCCGUAACGUCGGACAUAUCGCCAUUGCUAGCUAAUCGCGAGCAAUUCGCCGCCGCGUUUAAAGAGGAGGCCAACCUCUGCGCUGGGGCUACGCAGAUCCACACCCAUAGCCCGACGUGUGUAAAGUACUCUAUUAACGGGCAAACACGAAGGAAUCAGGACCUGUGCCGGUUUAAGGCGCCGUGGAAAUUGGUAGAGAGGACGGCGUUUACCGAGGAGGGAGUGUUGCAGAUUCGGCGGACGCAUAGCAUGGUGAAUCGAUGGAAUAAGGCGAUCGCGGUAGGGCUGCGUCAUAACCAUGAUAUUUCGUUCAUCGGAACGCAGUGUAAGACCAUGGCUCUCGUCUUUUACCUGACGAACUAUGCAACCAAAGUCGAGGAUCCGGUGUCAAAACGGGUGGCCGCAGCGGCAGAACUCAUCUCGGCUCAUAACGGUGCGACGGCGGAGCGGCAGGAGGGCGCAACGGAUGGCCCGAUAACGGGCAACGGUAGUGAGAACCAAACACGCCAGUUUUUGAUGAGAAUCGCGAACCGGAUCUUCACGGAGCGGCCGUUAUCACAGGUAGAAGUCGUCUCUAACCUGCUGGGCUACCCCAGGGAAUUUACUAGUAAUGAUGCCUGGUCGUUCGUUAACGUCAGUUCCCUAUACUGGCAAAUUUUCCGCCGAUGGCCGCAUCUGCAACGCGAGAGUGGUAUAGACUCUAGAGACGAGGUAGUUAAGGAGACGGUAUUCUUGCACGAGGCGGGGGUAAGAAUAUCUCUAGUGCAGGCAUACCCAUUCCGUGGCCGAGUCUUCCAAGAGCUUUGCCUCUAUGAUUAUAUGUCGGUAGUCAAGUUGAAGCGAAAGGGUAAGGGCGUAGGUACGUGGGGGGAGAUACCAUUAGACCAUGCCUGGUCUCCGUCGCGGUCGUGGGUACAGGUGCUACGAAAGUCCGGCGAGCAUGCGAUGGUCUGCUUUGACGGUUACCUAAGCAGGAACCUGACUGAAGAAAGUGAGGACUACUAUAAGAGGUAUGUGCAGCCCCGCUCUCGGCAUGAUCGGACUCGUCUCUAUAUUUAUGUGAGAGACAAGACACAAUGAUGCUUAGGAAGGUUGACGUUUUGGUAUACGUAGGGCGGCUGUUCAGCAUCUUGCCAUUUUUGUGCCGUGGGAGUCCUUUUGGGGCGAUACAACGGGUGACAUCAACACCAUUUGGGAGAGUCGAAAGCAGGCCCUGCCUCAGCGGAUGGCAUUUGUCGCCGAUAAUAUCCAACUACUACACCGGUCGGCCGAAGAUGCAAAGCGGGAUGCCAAACAGUGGGCUGCGAUGUCCGGAGAAACAGAUCCUUUCGCCGAUACGGCCGAUUUAGAAGAUAGGGGAGAUGAUGGGAAUGAAGGACCAAGGGCAACGUACCGGUCGGACAGUCUCGGCAACGCGAUACGACUCAUUGACGUCUUAAGGAACGCAAU